AUGGGGGUGGAAGAAGACAGCAGCGAGGACGAGGAGGACGAAGAGUUGGAGGAGGACGUGAAGGCAUUCCACUCCGGAAGGCUGUUUACUGAGGGAGAGAAGAGUACGGGAGGGGAGGGGCUGUACGUGCCUCCGCUCAACUUCGCCAUGGUGGACUGUGGCGUCUACCGCUCAGGCUUCCCUGACACGGCCAAUUUCGGCUUCCUGGAGACUCUCAAGCUCCGCUCCGUUCUGUGAGAGCCUUAGUUAUUUUAUCAUGUGUAGUGUUUUGUCUUUCUUCCUCCAUGUUCCUCUAGAGAUAGGUUGUUUAUUAUGGCGCGUACUUACAGGCGGAUCUUUUGCUCGUCUAACCCUCGUUGUUUAAGAUUUCUCUUGGUGUUUUGCUUUUGUCUGUUGAAAAUUCAAAUAUUUUCCUGUCGGUUUCGGGCUUAGGUACCUCUGUCCCGAGCCAUAUCCGGAGGCGAACUUGCAGUUCCUACUUUCAAAUGGAAUCAAGCUUUUUCAGUUUGGGUUAGAGAGCUGCAAGGUAGUGUUUGUAAUGUUCUCUUCUCUUUCUCUUAGUUGGCAUUAGAUAGCUCCGAAUUAUUUGAGUGAACGUUAAGGCUUCGUAAAUAUUAUGAGGACGGAGAAAUACCUUCCCAAUUGGUUUUUAACUCUUUUUUAUCAAAGUUUUGUCGUAUUUGGGUGCCUGUUGUCUCUCUCAACAUUUUAUGAACAUUAACCUCAGGUAAGUUAACUCUAAAUGCAGAAGCUUAUAUUUCAUGCUUCUGAUCAUUCUGUGUGAGCCAUGUUGGCGUUUUGUGAACAUUAUAACCCCCUAGAAAGUGAAAUUGCAACGCAUAGGGUGAUAUUUGUACCUGCUAAUUAGUGUGCAAUGGUUUGCAUUGUGUGUGAGUUACCUCUGAGGAAAGCGUUGGAUCUCCAAUUGCUCAAUUGUCUACAUUAUCUAGUAAAAUGCUCAAACUCUAUACCUUUGAAUCAGUUAGCCAGUGAAAACCAAUGUUUUUAGUUUCAACCCCUUACUUUGUAUUGUAUCAAGUUGAUUCUUUGCAUGAUACGUAUUGUUUUUGAAGUGUUCUCAAUGGAGAGAAUCCGGGAAUACCACCAAAGACUUAAAACUUUAAACAACUUUCACUCGCUUCUCUUUCAUUGAUGUUGGUUUCCUCUAACCUCUGAUUUAAAACAAUAAUUCGUAAGGGAAUGCUGUUUUGUACUGGCCUUAUUGAAUCCCAUUGCGUGCUUUCAAUUUACUCAGUUACAGAAUGAGGGAUUCGAUAAUUCUUGUUAAUUCCCAUCAUCAAGAAGUUGUAUUAAAUUCUUGCAAGUACACUCGUUGCAUAACAUUUUAAAUCAUAAAUGCAAGAACCAUGGUAUUUAAUCAAUUAUGAAUUUUUCCUUAGUAUUUUUCGGAAGAAAUGAUUUUGCCUAUCUUGGGAUCAUUCCAAAUGAGGCCAUUUAUUGUAGUUUUUUGAAGUUCAUAAAAGGUUUUUAUAGUUUGAAUGAAGGCUAAGUUGAUCUCUAGCUGAAGUGGAGAAGACAAUAAAGAUGGUUGGACCAAGAGUAGAGAACACAAGAGGAAAAAGAAGUGGAAAGAUAUGUUAUUGUGCCAGAAUAGUUGCAAGAAAGAAUAAGCCAAGGUUCUAACCCAUCAGAUGACAUGAACCCUAGGUUAAAGAUGCUGAGAUCUUUUUGAUCUUGUGAGUUUUUUCAUUCGUGAGAAUAGGCCCAUGCAUAGUUUAAACAUAUGACAGACUUCUGCAUAUCUACGAACCCCAUUUGGUAGACUUCUGCAUACAUAGAAAAUCCAUGAUUUAGUAGUAGAUAAAAUAAUUUAAAGAAGUCAACUACAUAGUUUCCCUUUACCUCCCUAACAUUACUUCCACUGCAUCAAUUCCCACUGCCUUGUAGCUGCUGCAAACCAGAUCCACCGAAGCUCACUCCUUGUUGUCGGCAAUAUGGUAUCAGAUUGUCUCAUCGAGUUUUUUCAGGUCCAUAAGUUUGGGAUUGACCUAGCCAAAUUGACCUUAUCUAUUGACCUUGGAUUGGCUGCUUUUCUUGUAGUUAAAAUUAUUUAAAAAAUAAAAAUAAAGAAAAUAAUAAAGAGACCAUAAAACUAGUUAUCAGCUUAACCUUAUUCCUCAUCGUGUCCAUUCUUGUUGUUGAAUGGCAUAAUGAUAUGAGGUCUAAAGUUACAUGUGAUGCAUAUUGAUGCACUUGUUCACAUGAUGUAUGGAUGAGCAUACCAAUCUCCUUUGCAUAUUUGUCUACCUACUUCUUCAACUACUUCUAGUCAUGCCUUGAAGGUCAAAUAUAACUAGAGUCCAUCCAGCAAGCCUCCUAAAUUUCUAGUAUUAGCCCUUAAUGUGUCGUUGUUAAUGUUAUAUAUCUAGUAAAAUUGACAUCACUCAGAGCAUAUACGCUAUCCUUACUCCAUAAAAAUGUCUAAAAUUCACUUUAUUCCUUUGAUUUGGAACCUCAUUCUUGUUUGGACUCUGGGACACGACAUCAAUAAAUUCCAUCUCUGUUAUCCUUUGAUUCUCGCUUAUAUACGAAGUUUGGUCAUCUAAGUUUGGAUAAAUAUAUAGAAAUAUUAGAAGCCUCUUUUUGAGGUACGAAAUGGUAAUAUAGAUUGUAAGUAUCCUUGUUUAUUCGAAAUAGUUUUGGAUAUAGUAAAAUAAAUUUAAAAUAAGAUUAAUUUUAAAUGUGUUGUUUUAUUGUCAUCUUUUCUCUGAUUGACCAAAAUAUCCGACCUGUUUCUAAUGCUAAUCAUCCAAAAAUAUUGAUAUAAUUUAACCGUACUUUUGAGCCAGAUGCCUGGUAUGCGGUGGAACUAUUCGUAUUUAACAACUUAUAGAGUAGUCAAGUUGCCUGAUGUAGGGACUAGGGUUGGAGGAGGAUGAAGUGCUGCACGGUAAAGUUUUGUGUGAGCUGCAUGCAGUUGGAUGCCGUUGGCAUUACUCUCCCCUGGCAACAUUCCAGUCGCUACGAUUUACACAUUCAGAUAUCAGUGGUAGUGACAAUGACUGCACUGUGUCUGUCUCGUUUUUCUUCACCCUUCUUGCAAUCAUAUCGAUCUGGAGUUUGGCACUAUCGAAACUGAUUUGGACGGGACUCCAACCAUGGCCGAAUUGGCGAAUUUACGGACUGAAUCAACCUGAAAUGGAAAGAUUGUGGACCCAAUUUUUCUGAGGUAAAAUAUCUGGUGCAGUGUUGCUAUUGGAAGCACUGUUUGCUCGUAUAUAUCGAAGGAAAAAGGAAGGAGUGGAGGGGGUAGAAAUUAGUAGAACCUGUGCUGAUAAUGUUCAGAAAGUGACAAAUGACAGCUGCAGAUCUAGGAAGCAGGUUAGUUGGCAACUGUGCUGCCACCAACAUGCUGCCUCUGCCUACAUCUACUGAGGGUGCCUUUUGGAGUUGGUCCGGAGGCUUUUGUUUCAUUUAGGCAUUGAAUAUAUGAACUUGCUUAAUGGUUUAUUUCUCCAAUGAAUUUGAUGCAAUUUUUUAAAAAUUUUAUUUGAAUCUGAAUCAGGUGAUCCAGAAGGAUCAGAUAAUCCAUCCAUCCAAUAUUUAUCUGAACCAUUGAGCAGGACAGAUCCAAUACUUUUCUUCCAUGCUUCUUCCUGUUACUGUUCAACUGCUGUCUCUCCUUUGUGUCAUUUUUAUUUGGACGUAGCCAGGGCAAGCAGAAGAGAAUAAUGUGAUUUGGACCUCCAUGUGGAUGAAUCGAGGCUCAAGUGUUGCUGAAAAUUUUACGUUAUUUUCUCCCUUAUCAAAUAGGAUAUCAUGUAGUGAGGUUCCUUGUUUAUAGUUUAUCCUUUUGCAUCUAUUUGAAGUUUUAGACUUGAUUGAUUUGAAUUUCAUUGACGUGAAAUCCAAGCUUUUUACUGCUCAUCUUUGUCAGAAUAUUUGAUGUUUUCAGUACCAUUUUAUACUCAAUUUAAAAUAUUUGUAUAGGAACCCUUUGUCAACAUUCCAGAAGACAAAAUUCGAGAGGCUCUCAAAAUUGUGCUUGGUUAGAUCAUAUCUAAUGAGAAUUUCCAAAUGAAAUUCAUUAUGCUUUUUUUCCGUUCUGCUAAGCAUGGUCUGAUCAUCUGCUGCAGAUGCCCGGAAUCAUCCUAUUCUAAUUCACUGCAAAAGAGGCAAGGUAAAUGUCUUGAUCGGGCUUCUGUUUUCCACUUCUGCUUGCAUUUCACACUCUGCCUGAAACUUGUCUGUGUUUCUUUCCUCCCAGCAUCGGACGGGUUGUGUGGUGGGAUGUCUCAGAAAGUUACAAAAGUGGUGUUUAUCCUCAAUAUUUGAUGAAUACCAGCGAUUUGCCGCAGCUAAAGCAAGGGUUUCUGACCAACGGUUCAUGGAACUAUUUGACACGUCCUCCUUGAAGAAUUUGCCCAGUCCCUUGACGUUGAGAAAUGUUGGCAGUUUUGAGUCUCCCUACCUGGCACCUAUCCAUCAGUAG